AUGCUGAGUUGUGUUGACGGGGCGGGACCAUUGAAAAUUCAAUUGGAGAGUGUAUCUCACAUAAUCAGACAUUAUGUUGGACGUUGGUCCGCUUUAGCCUUUGGUCUUUUCUAUGGUUAUACUCACAACAUCUCUUUGCAAAAGCAAGCUGAGCAAAAGAAGGUCGAAUCUGAAUACCACCGUAAGGAACUUUUGAUUGAACAAGCCAGACUUGCAUAUGCCAAGAAGCAAUCCGGUGUUGUUGACACUCCUGCAUCAACUGUUACAUUCGAUGUUGAAAGCCCUGAUUUUGAUUUGGAAAAGUUCGUUGCACAAUACGAGAAGGAAAACAACUAA